AUGUCUGUCAAGAUGAUUAGCACAAACUCUUUUACUGAAAGUGCAGAAAAAGCACCACCGACUUCUACCUCGAAUAAACGAGGCUAUCAACGAAGCUCUCCACGCGGGGCGUACGUCUGGCUGCAGGGCGAGCAGAAAGUUGUCAUCGUCAACUACAGCGACGGCCUUGAUAUAAGUUCUUUCUGCUUUCCACUGAACAGUGGCUGUUGCGACGGUUCACCUCCCGGAGAAAACGUUCUUCAAUACUGUGAAAUGAAGCAACGAAAUUUUCUGAGAGAUCUGAAUAUAUUCAACUGGAACCAGCUAACGAUUCAGCUGAACGAACGUUUAAGUCUGAACACUGUUCGGAAACAAGGCCAUGAAGAAUGA